CAGAGAGUAGAGACGUUUCCGGCUGCUUUCGCCGGCGGUCUUCCUGAGGGGUGGGGUGAGGGCUGCCGGUGGCAGGUGGCUUUCUCCUCGUGGGGAGCCGGGGUCUGGUUUCGCUUCGUCGGACGACAGUUAUUCGUCUCAUAUCCACCAGGCUGGGUUACAGAGGGCCUGUUUUUUCCUUCCUUCCAGCCUUUACGUUAUUCUCCUUCAGCAGCAUCUUGUUGGACCGCGAGUCUCCCCCGCCCGGGUCUUUCUUUCGCCCUCAAGCCCCCUAAUUCUCUACCUGAGGAGGCCAUUCCUCUUGCCGCUCCCCCACCAGCCCCACAGCAUUUCCAGGACAUCCUCUUCCUCCGUCUGUCCUCUUCUCGGCCCCAUCCGGAUAGUUUAGUCACCAAGACACUAAAGCAUCUCCUUCUACAGGUUGUGCCCAUUCCCUGCCUCUCUCUCUCCCCACCCUUUUCCCCACCUCCCAUUUACUACCGUCCCAUCCACCCCGGAGUCUCCCUUUUUAGCGUGCUGUCAUGGCUCUGCUGGCUGGUGUGAUCCGUCGGCUGGAUGAGACUGUGGUGAAUCGCAUUGCAGCUGGAGAAGUCAUCCAGAGGCCCGCCAAUGCCAUUAAGGAAAUGGUGGAGAACUGUUUGGAUGCCAAGGCUACCAACAUCCAAGUGACAGUGAAGGAUGGUGGUUUGAAAUUAAUUCAGAUCCAAGAUAAUGGUUGUGGAAUUAGAAAAGAAGACUUGGAUAUUGUGUGUGAAAGAUUCACUACAAGUAAACUACAGACUUUUGAAGAUCUAGCUAAUAUUUCUACAUAUGGUUUUAGAGGCGAGGCACUGGCUAGCAUCAGCCAUGUUGCACAUGUUACUAUAACAUCUAAAACAGCUGAUGGAAAGUGUGCCUACAGGGCAAGCUAUUCUGAUGGAAAAUUGAAGACUGCUCCCAAACCUUGUGCUGGAAACCAGGGAACUCAAAUAACAAUUGAAGAUCUGUUUUACAAUGUAGCCACUAGGAGAAAAGCCUUUAAAAAUCCUAGUGAAGAAUAUGCAAAAAUACUGGAGGUUGUUAGCAGGUAUGCCAUUCACAACUCUGGCAUCUGUUUUUCUGUUAAAAAGCAAGGAGAAACAGUAGCAGAUGUCAGAACACUGCUGAAUGCUACAACUGUUGACAAUAUUCGAUCCGUAUUUGGAAAUGCUGUUGGCAGAGAGUUGAUUGAAGUGGGCUGUGAAGAUGCAGCAUUGGCUUUUAAAAUGAAGGGUUAUGUAACCAAUGCAAACUAUUCAGUGAAGAAAUGUAUCUUUCUGCUUUUCAUAAAUCAUCGAUUGGUUGAAUCAAGUGCUCUGCGGAAAGCAAUUGAAACUGUUUAUGCUGCUUACUUGCCCAAAAACACACAUCCAUUUCUAUACAUAAGCAUUGAAAUAGCCCCUCAGAAUGUUGAUGUGAACGUACAUCCCACAAAGCAUGAAGUUCAUUUUCUACACGAAGAUAGCAUCUUGGAGCGAGUACAGCAACACAUAGAGAGCAAAUUGUUGGGUUCUAACACAUCAAGAAUGUAUUUUACACAGACAUUAUUACCAGGCAUUGCUGCCUCUUCCACUGAUACAGUCAAGUCAGCAGGUUCUUCAGCCACUCAAGGAGGUGACAAAGUUUAUGCCCAUCAACUGGUCCGCACUGAUUCCCGGGACCAGAAACUGGAUGCUUUUCUGCAGCCAUCUAAUAAACCCAAGACCUCUGUAAAUGCUGCAGUAGCACCAGAAGAAAAUAACAGGAAGCAGAGUUGUAAAGAGACUGUAUCAGAGUAUGUUGACAUGGAAGAAUGCAGUGAUUUGAAUGCAGAAGUUAGAGAUGUGGGAGCUAUGGAGACACCAGAACCAUCAAUAGACAACCAACCAGUGUCUCUUGAAGCUGUACCUGCCAGAAAGAGACAGCGGACAGAUUGUGAUGUUGAAAUGGAAGAAGACACAAGGCAGGAAAUGACUGCUGCCUGCACUCCAAGAAGGAGAAUUAUUAACCUAACAAGUGUAUUGACCCUUCAAGAGGAAAUAAGUAACCAAGCACAUGCACGUCUUCAGGAGAUGCUGCAUGAUCAUUCUUUUGUUGGUUGUGUUAAUCCUCAGUGGGCAUUGGUGCAAUAUCAGACAAAACUGUACCUUCUCAAUACCACAAAACUCAGUCAAGAAAUGUUCUACCAGAUCCUUAUCUAUGACUUUGGAAACUUUGGAGUUUUAAGAUUGUCAGAACCAGCUCCUCUCUAUGAUUUAGCCAUGCUAGCCUUGGAGAAUGCUGAAAGUGGCUGGACAGAAGAAGAUGGUCCAAAGGAAGGCCUUGCUGAAUAUAUUGUUGACUUUCUAACAAAGAAGAGUGAAAUGCUGAAAGACUAUUUCUCCCUUGAAAUUGAUGGGGAAGGAAAUCUUACAGGAUUACCACUUUUGAUAGAUAAUUAUGUUCCUCCACUAGAAGGUGUACCUAUGUUUGUCCUUCGUUUGGCCACUGAGGUAAACUGGGAUGAAGAAAAAGAAUGUUUUAAAAGUCUUAGUAAAGAAUGUGCCAUGUUCUAUUCCAUUAGAAAACAGUAUAUUAUGGAAGACUCUGAUCUUACUGCACAGCAGGCUGAAGAUUCUGGUGCAGGUACAAGAUCUUGGAAAUGGACAGUGGAACAUGUACUUUACAAGGCCUUUAGGACACAUCUUUUGCCUCCCAAGAACUUCACAGAAGAUGGCAAUAUUUUGCAGAUUGCUAAUCUACCGGAUUUGUACAAAGUCUUUGAGAGGUGUUGAACACAGAUAUUGAGAUCCAUAAUUGUUUUUUAAUAGCUUGCUUCCUAGUGUUGGUACUGAAAAGCUUAAUGCAGCGCCGAAACCUGAGUUUCAGACACAGUGUGGCUGUACAUCAAGUAAGAUGAUAAUAAGUAUAUUUGUUGUUCAGCUUGACAAGAGGCUUACGCAAUUCUGGAAUAACAUGCUAUAAUGAAGUAAGCGAGAAUAUCAGACUGCUGCAUUUCCAUUUGUUUAAAUGAAAACCACAUUGAACUUGGUUUAAAGUUCAGUAGAAAAAUACUUAAUAAAAUGGAGUAAUGUCUCAUAAAUAACAUGUAAGGGAACUUGAUUGUAUUUGAAGUGGUUUAUUGGACAAAAGCAGCAGAUCAAAAAUACUAAAUCCAACAAAAGGGGAUGACUAGAAUGAGAGAUGGAACACUUUCAAAAUGGAGGCUGGAAACGAGUUAUCACCAUACUUGAAUGGGGCUCCUAUCAUAUAAUUUUGAAAAAUGUGAACAUCUUUAAACAAGAGCAUACAUGGGAGCUAAAUAAAAGGCAAGUACAGUGGUGCCUCACAUAGCGAGGUUUAUCCAUUCCGGAUUAACCUUCGCUAUGGUGAAAUAUCACUGAACGGGACGGAAAAGCCCAUUAGAAUGCAUUAA